UGCUGUGAGGACGAUGGUGCCGGCACCAUCUUCCGAAAACCUCUACAAGCACGAGGCCAUGGGCCAGCUGGGUGGUGACCUUUUAAUGAAUCUGGAUGAAACUUCUGUGCCUCUACUCAAAUGGAUAAAAAAUGAUCCUGAUGAGGCUGCUGUGAAGACGAUGGUGCCGCCACCAUCUUCUGAAAACCUCCUCAAGCACAAGGCCACGGGCCAGCUGGGUGGUACCCUUUUCAGUAAGCAGACUGAAACUGCUAACCCUUCAUUGGUCAAAAGGAUUGCAACUGCUGCUGAUGAGGCAUCUGCAGAGGCUGCCACCAAGUUACUGUCAGCCCCACCUUCUGGAUGCUUAUAUAAGCUCAAGUCCAAGGACCAGCCGGGCCGUAACCAUCCAAGGGACUCACGGCUCUGUAGUCUGUACUACGUCACCACGGAGGACCCGCCGCCGCUCAAUCGCCGCCUCGCCGGACGAGUUCAACGCCACACCGGCCGUGCGUUUACUACUUGUACCUGCCAUCGCCUAUCGGUAUCUCUCAUCUGCAAUUAUGCCCUUGUCUCUUCUCGUCCUGUUGAUGAUGCCGCGAUCAGUACGCAUGUGUGA